UUUAGUUUCUUCAUCUUCUUUGCUCUUGCGAAUAUUUCCCAGAAUUAAACCUUCUUCUCCUGUGUUUCUGGGCUUAAAAGCUUUCUGGGAUUUGAUCAAAAUUUUCUCUCUAGAGCCAAACAAAUCUGUAGGUGUUUGAACAACUUGGGUUGUUAAGAUCUUCUUGAGUUUAGCUUCUGAAAAGAAAAAAAAAAAUUAAAAAUGGUUGGACCAAGAAGAAAGAAGAGGCAACAUUUUGGCAGAAUCCAUGCCUUCUCAUGUGGGAAAGCAUCAUUCAGAGGAGAACAUUCAUUGAUUGGAGGGCCUGGGUUCUCAAGGGUUGUCCAUUGCAAUGACCCUGAUGGCUUUGACGCCACAAUUCGCAAUUAUGGAGGGAAUUAUGUCAGAACUACCAAAUAUACCAUCCUAACAUUCUUGCCCAAGUCAUUGUUUGAGCAAUUCAGGAGAGUGGCAAACUUGUAUUUCCUCAUGUGUGCAAUAUUGUCCUUCACAGCACUUUCUCCUUACUCAUCUGUGAGUAGUGUUCUCCCUCUUGCGGUUGUGAUUGGAGUUUCAAUGGGGAAAGAGCUUCUCGAAGAUUUUCGGCGCAAACAGCAGGAUAUUGAGGUAAAUAACCGAAAGGUGAAAGUGCAUUAUGGCGACGGCGUUUUCGAUAAUACUAAGUGGAGGGAUUUGAAAGUUGGAGAUAUAGUAAAAGUGGAAAAGGAUCAAUUUUUCCCUGCUGAUCUCAUCCUACUUUCAUCAAGCUUUGAGGAAGCAAUUUGCUAUGUUGAGACCACCAACCUUGAUGGAGAAACUAAUUUGAAACUAAAGCAAGCAGUGGAGGCAACCUCAAAUUUGCAUGAAGACUCAAGCUUCCAAAACUUCAAGGCAGCAAUCAGAUGUGAGGACCCAAAUGCAAAUUUGUACACUUUUGUUGGUACUUUGGAGCUUGAAGAACAACAACACCCUCUUUCACCUCAGCAGCUUUUGCUUAGGGACUCGAAGCUAAGGAACACGGAUUUUGUUUACGGGGUAGUAAUCUUUACUGGUUAUGACACGAAGGUUAUGCAAAACUCAACCCCUCCACCUUCUAAGAGAAGCAAAAUUGAGAGAAGGAUGGACAAGAUUGUCUACUUAUUGUUUGGAGUCUUGUUUUUGUUGGCUUUUAUUGUGGCAAUUUGCUUUGGAGGUGCAACUGACGACGACAUUGACAAUGGGAAAAUGAAAAGGUGGUAUCUUAAACCAGAUGAUACCGAAGUCUAUUAUGAUCCCGAGAAUGCACCACUUGCAUCAGUUUUGCAGUUCUUGACAGCCCUUAUGCUGUACAGUUAUUUGAUCCCCAUUUCCUUGUAUGUGUCAAUAGAAAUUGUCAAAGUUCUUCAGGGCAGUUUCAUCAACCAGGAUCUGAAUAUGUACUAUGAGGAAACUGACACGCCAGCACGAGCUCGGACAUCUAAUUUGAAUGAAGAGCUUGGCCAAGUUGACACUAUACUUUCUGACAAGACAGGAACAUUAACUUGCAACUCCAUGGAGUUCAUCAAGUGUUCCAUUGCCGGGACUGCUUAUGGACGCGGAAUAACAGAAGUUGAAAGAGCCAUGGCUAAGAGAAACGGGUCACCUUUACUGCAAAACAUGGCUGUUGAAGAGAACCAUGUUGAAGAUGCCACAGAAGCAAAGCCAUCCAUUAAAGGAUUUAACUUUGUGGAUGAGAGGAUCAUGGACGGUCAAUGGGUUAAAGAGCCGCGUGCAGAUGUAAUCCAGAAGUUUUUAAGGGCGUUGGCUGUAUGCCAUACGGCAUUGCCUGAAGUUGAUGAAGAAACGGGAACAACAACUUAUGAAGCCGAAUCACCUGAUGAGGCAGCUUUUGUUAUUGCAGCAAGAGAACUUGGGUUUAUGUUUCAUGAAAGGUCUCACACGAGCAUCUCAGUCUACGAGUUGGAUCCUGUCACUAACAUGAAAGUUGAAAGAGUCUACAAGCUUUUGAACAUACUGGAGUUUAGUAGCUCAAGAAAGCGGAUGUCGGUUAUUGUAAGAAACGGGGAGGGGAAGCUGCUUUUAAUUAGUAAAGGAGCUGACAGUGUCAUGUUUGAAAGACUUGCAAAGGAUGGAAGGGAGUUUGAAGAGCAGACUAAAAAGCAUGUUAAUGAGUAUGCUGAUGCUGGUUUAAGGACAUUGGUUGUGGCAUACCGCGAACUCGAUGAAGAAGAGUACGAUGAAUUUAACAAGGCAUUCACUGAGGCAAAGAACAUGGUGAAUGCAGAUAGGGAGGAAAUCAUUGAGGACGAAGCCGAAAAAAUCGAAAAGGAACUGAUCCUUCUUGGUGCUACUGCAGUUGAAGACAAACUACAAAACGGGGUUCCAGAAUGCAUAGACAAACUUGCUCAGGCUGGAAUUAAACUAUGGGUGUUGACUGGAGAUAAGAUGGAGACAGCAAUCAAUAUUGGGUUUUCCUGCAGUUUGCUUAGACAAGAAAUGAAGCAAAUAAUAAUUAGCUCUGAGACUCCUGAAGUUAAAGCAUUAGAGAAUGGAGAGGAUAAGUCUGCGGUUGCUACGGCACUCAAAGCAAGUGUCCUCCACCAAAUAACCACAGCAAAGGAGUUGCUUCUUGCAUCAACUGAGAACUCCGAUGCGUUGGCUUUAAUCAUCGACGGAAAGUCUCUCACUUAUGCUUUAGAGGACGAUGUAAAGGACCACUUUCUGGAGCUUGCCAUUGGGUGUGCAUCCGUUAUAUGCUGCCGUUCGUCUCCCAAACAGAAAGCACUUGUUACAAGAUUGGUCAAACUUAGAACUGGUAACACUACUCUUGCAAUUGGUGAUGGAGCAAAUGAUGUUGGAAUGCUUCAGGAAGCCGAUAUUGGAAUCGGUAUAAGCGGUGUUGAAGGAAUGCAGGCCGUCAUGUCGAGUGACAUUGCAAUUGCGCAAUUCCGUUUCUUGGAACGCUUGCUGCUUGUACACGGCCAUUGGUGUUACAGAAGGAUAUCAUCAAUGAUAUGCUAUUUCUUUUACAAGAACAUAGUUUUUGGCUUCACUAUCUUCUUCUAUGAGAUAUACACAUCAUUCACUGGCCAAUCUGUAUACAACGACUGGUAUUUAUCGCUAUACAAUGUCUUCUUCACUUCUCUUCCUGUGAUUGCUUUAGGAGUGCUUGACCAGGAUGUCUCAGCCAAGUUCUGCCUCAAGUUCCCAUAUCUAUACCAAGAAGGUGUACAAAAUGUGCUAUUCAGCUGGGUUAGGAUCCUGGGAUGGGCCUUCAAUGGUCUACUAAAUGCUGUCCUGAUUUUCUUCUUCUGCAUCCGGGCAAUAGAGAGUCAGCCGUUCCGAAAAGGCGGGCAACUGGCUGGUCUGCAGGUCCUCGGUGCCACCAUGUACACAUGCGUGGUGUGGGUCGUGAACUGCCAGAUGGCACUGUCCAUCAGCUACUUCACAUACAUACAACAUCUCUUCAUCUGGGGUAGUAUCGUACUCUGGUACAUAUUCCAAUUGGUAUAUGGAGCCAUGAGUCCUGACCUUUCAACCACUGCCUACAAAGUCUUCAUUGAAGCCUGUGCACCUUCUCCAUACUACUGGAUCCUCACCCUCUUUGUCGUGAUCGCUUCCCUCACGCCAUACUUCACUUACGCCUCUAUCCAAACACGGUUCUUCCCAAUGUUCCACCAGAUGAUCCAGUGGAUGCGAAAGGACGGCAAUUCAUAUGACCCCGAGUUCUGCAAAAUGGUGAGGCAGAGAUCAAUAAGGCCCACAACAGUAGGGUACACUGCCAGAAUCGAAGCAAGAUCGAAACGCUUCGAGUUUAAGCCUGAAGAAAUUUGAUGCUGCACAGUUUUUGGUGGGAAAAAAAAAUCCUUAGUACUUAUUUAUCCCUUUAGUGCUGUACAUUGUUUCCAAAGAGAGAAUUCUUUAUUUAUCUCUUUGUACAUAAUUUUACAGAGACUAAAGACAGGUUGUUUGGUUGGGCUUGGCCAGAAAGAGAGUAUCAAAAGAUGAAGGUUUCAAGACCAUUAUUAUGCUUUCAAGUCCCCCUCCAGUUUCUUGAUGGGGAUUCUCUUUCUCCAAGAUGCAGAGCAGAGCUACAUAGUUUUGGGUCUUUUUUGGUAGAUUUAGAGACGAAUUAUACACUUUUUUUUUUUUUUUUUUAAAUACAUGUUCCAUAGUACAUAAAUAAUUAAUAUUUGUUCAAUUCUAAGUAGGAAAAAAAAAGAGGUUCAGUUGUUAGUUUCUCUUCUCAUCUGUAGGGUGAAUAAUAGGGCAUUGUCUCUUUUCUUUGUGUAUAUUAUUACUUUUGAUGAUUAUAGGUCUUUUGCUUCAUCAGCUAUGCA